AUGUCCUUUGGCAUUUAUGGUGCUUUCUUAGCACUACAUUUGCUAGUGCAAAGUUUUGUUGCUUGGCUAGAGCGCAGAAAAAUGAGGCGAGACCACCUCACCUGCAGCUACACCAAGACAGUUGCACUAACAAUUGCAGCCUAUCCGGAGGACCGUAACUACCUCAGAGAGUGCCUGUUAUCUGUUAAGAACACACAGUACCCAUCUGACAAACUCAGGAUCAUAACGGUAGUUGAUGGAAACAAAGAGGAUGACCAGUACAUUAUGGACAUGUUCAAGGAGGUUUCUGAAGGGGAAGAUAUUGGCACUUAUGUCUGAGAAUAUAAUUAUCACUCAUAGAAACCAGAAUCAGAAGGUAUACCUAAUGCAGGAAGACAAAGAGUAGAAGAAAUCAUCAAAACAAAGCACUGUGUGUGCAUCAUGCAGAAGUGGGGAGGAAAGCGAGAAGUUAUGUACACUGCCUUUAAAGCUCUAGGAGACUUAGUCAACUUUGUUCAGGUGUGUGACUCUGAUACCAAGUUAGACCCACUAGCUACAGUGGAAUUAGUAAAAGUGUUGGAGUCCAAUGAAAACUAUGGUGCUGUUUGUGGAGACGUGAAAACUUGGAAUCUCUCCUAUUCCUACAUCAGUUUCAUGAGUAGCCUCAGGUACUGGAUGGCCUUCAACAUCAAGAGAGCUUUUCAGUCCUUUUUCAGCUGUGUUUCUUGCAUCAGUGGUCCUCUUGGACUAUACAGAAAUGACCUUCUGCAGCAGUUUCUUGAGUCUUGGUAUAAUCAGAAGUUUCUAGGGACUCACUGCAGCUUUGGGGAUAACAGGUGCCUCACAAAUCAGAUGCUGAGCAUAGGAUAUGGUACAAAGUAUACUGCAAGGUCAAGAUGCUACUCAGAGACCCCAACCCAAUAUCUGAGGUGGCUGAAUCAACAGACUCACUGGACCAAGUCUUACUUCCGAGAGUGGCUCUACAAUGCUUUAUGGUGGCACAAGCACAAGAAACACAAAAACAUCUGCAGAUGCUCUCAAUAA